UUUUGGUUGCUUUGUUUAUUUGUUUUUCCUUACCUCUUACCUGGCUGGAUUUUCCAAGUUAUUGUUGUUGUUUUUUUGUUGGUUUGUCUUUUUAGUUUUGGGUAUCGGUCUUGUUUACGGUGGGGUUGAAUAACCUCUGACGACUAAGUUUGUUUUCUUCAAAGUAGUCUGGUUGUAAAAUUAUUUUCCUUUGUGGGAGAGCUAAUCGAGGAAAAUACUUGUGUGAAGCUAACCUUAGUUUUGAUAACUUCCAACCAAAUAACUUGCAAGUAAAUAAAUGGCUGCCACUGUGAAACCUCAAAUAAACCCCCCUUAUACACUUUUGUCACGGCUUGGGAAUCUGUUGCAAACCUCACAAUGGAGUGACUGUACUUUUUUGGUUGGAGAUGGAGAUAAUAGACAGGAAUUUCAUGCCCAUCGUAUUUUACUUGCUGCGUGCAGUCCUGUUUUUGAGGCAAUGUGUUUUGGUCCUCUUGCGGAAAAAAGUGCUAUUUUAAUUCCUGAUCUAGAGCCUAAAGCAUUUCAAGUUCUGCUUCAGUAUGUGUACACAGACAAUGUUCAAUUUUCUAGUGUUGAAGAGGCUUGUGAUGUAUUGUAUGCUGCCAAAAAGUACUUGAUCUCUAAUCUAUCGCAACUGUGCCAUUCUUAUGUGAAACGUAAUAUGCAAGCUAAAGAUGUGGUGACGGUAUAUGAAUACGCCAAGCUUCUGGGAGAAGAUGCCUUGUAUGAGCCAUGUCUGUUGAUGCUGAAAAAGUAUGCAGUUGAGGUUCUUAAUGAUGCCUCUCAUCAUUUAUCCCCAGCUUCAGUUGUUGAGCUUUUGGGAUCUGAUGCCAUUAAUGGUUGUGAAUGCUGUCUCAUUGAAGGAGCACUCUCAUGGGCUAAACGUGAGUGUGAGGAACAAGGCAUGCUCUCAACAGUUUCAAAUCAACGUCUUAUUUUAGAGGAAUGUUGUGCAUGGGGACAGCUGCGCUUUUUAACUCUAUCUCCUCAGCAGUUCAACCGAAUUUGUGAGAUAGAUGAUCUCUUAACAAGGGAGGAAGUAGUAUUCAUAAAGGAGUUUUUGCAUUCAAACAAACAACUUGAUGACAAGCGAGGAAUGCAGUGUGUUAACAUGUGCAUUAGCACCACUUGUCCUGGUUCAUUGUCUUUUGAUGAUAUAGCCCACAAUGAGAAGAAUUCAAAUGUUGUGAUAGUCAGAGACAAAUGGAAGCGUCGAAGGUUGAACAUGGUCCUGACAGGUCCUCAGAAAUCUGAAGGCACCGAAAAGUGGCUUGAGCCCAAGAGUAUAAUUUCUCAACAAGUGGUAAAUCCUAAUCUAUCUCUUGCAAUUCCUCCAAGUAUAAGUGAUAUUCUCAGGACCCGACAAGAGGUGGGAUAUAGGCUAUCCUUAUGCCGUCGCCCUUUAUUGAAACAGUCUGCAACUGUUUUAGGCCCAAUGGAGCUGCAGGUUGCAAUGCGUGUUAGUGCUCCUAUUGAUUUGCGGGCCAUUCAAGUUUAUUCUAGACUCAUCCCAGCUUCAGCUGUGUUACAAAGGUGCAAUUAUUACUGUGAAAAGCUAGAAGUCCAAAUUCUUGACGAAACCGGGAAAUUGCUGUCUGAUAGCCAGUUCUCUGAUCGGGUGCAGUAUAACACAGAAAUUAUGGUUCAUUUCAAAAAGUUUGUGCGACUCACUCAAGACCGAACAUAUAAUAUUGUAGUAAAAUUGUUGGAUGAAUCUGCAGAGUAUCCUCUCAGUUUUCUUGGUCAAUUUGCAAGGUCUCAGGAAAUCAACUUUGAUUUCAUGGAUAGAACAGCCAAAGUAGGAUCAGGUUUUGUUAACCGGUUGGAUAUGGGUUUUAUCAGAGGUUUUGCAUACUCUUAGCUUUUGUUAAGUUAUGGUAGCAAUAAUUGAUAUGGAGUGAAGAAAUAAGGUAUGUAUUGAUAUCUGUUAUCAGUAUCCAAAAUUGGAUAGGUAUGAUAAUUAAUGAUCAGUAUGUAUAAGUGCUAGUUUGUGUGAUAUUUGUGAAGAUACAAUGCUUGAAAUGCCUUUUUGGGAAUCGGUUUUGGAUUUGAUCUUUUUCAAUGGCUUAAGGGAAUAAAUUUCCCCAUCUAAUGACGCUGGAAUUAUUUUCUGAAACGAAUAUUUUGAAAAGAACUAAAAAACAAAAACAAAACAGCUAUUGGUGGUGGUUUCUUUUUAAAAAAGUUUCUUGGAUUUUAAAGGAAUUUAGAAAUUGCUGCCUCAUAUAAUGAACCAACAAUGCUGUAUUACUAAUAUUAGAGUUUUGUGUUAGUUUCUCUCUUUAAUUUCAUUUGUUACUUUUAGCUGGCUUGUGAGACGUCUUGCAUUAGUUGGUAUAUUUAUUAGUUGCUGUUUAUGAGGCUAUCAUAAUUUUGUGACGUGAUAUCAAUCAGGGGUGUAGUGCUACACAUUUUUAAUUGUCUCUCUUACUCUAUUGUUAUUAGUUGUAUUUCUAAUCUUUGAAUGAGUAUGCUUUAUACAGGUACUGUAGUAUGAAGAAAACGACAAAAAAAAUGCUGUGAUAUUUUAAAUCUUUAUCUGUAAGUUAUGAACAAUAGCUUUAUUGUUUAAUAUUGAUGUCUGUUUUAGGCACAUAUUUGUUAUUUAAAAUGUCAAUUUAUUCAGAAUCCCAGAUAGACCAUUUGACUCAAAACCCAUAUUUUUAUCUGCUUUCAUUGCUUUUUUUGUUUUUUCUGUGUGCAUGCUUCUAAAACAAUGACCUUUUGAAUGCAGAAGAGGAUGCCUCCUAUGAAAGUGAUAUGAAUGGAUAUGGCCUAGAGCAUUACAAAGAUUAUAUUAUUGUUUUUCUUUCUGUUUUACUUACAAGUCACUUGGUACAUGUAUCAAUAAAUACAAAAUAUAUUACCAGUUUGCUCAUUACAGCCAAAUAAACAGUUUUUAAAAUAUUGUGGCAUUAAGUAAUAAUUAUUUGUUGAUUUUGGUUGUAAUGUGUUCAGACUGGGUUAUGCUUGCCAUGAGAUCUGAUCCCACCAGAAUAAGUAACAAUGCAGAACUGUCAUACUUGUCAUUACUUGUGUAGUAUGCGCUCAACAUUGCUGUUGUGGAGAUAAAUAAAAAAAAUUGACAUAA